CAGUUAUGUCACAAAUGUCAGGCAUGCAUAUGUCAAACAAGUGUCUUGGCCUAGCUGUUUUCAGCGAAUUUUCUGUUGCGAACAUCUAAACUGAAUGUAAAUUCAUAAAAUUAUUCUUAAAAUAGAUUUAAGGAAUAGUACUGGAGAUAUAUUAUUUGUGUGUCCUUCAAGUCCCUACUUGAAGUUGACAAUAACGGAGUCCUUCUAAAGUGCGAGAAACCUGAGCAGAGUUUUGUCAACAUUGAUUAUUCGUGCGCCAACCAAUACGAUAAACAUGUCUCUUCGAUUGCAAAUGGAGAAGCAGAAAGCACAGGAGGAGAUGCGACGCCUUAUGGCUGAAAGGAAAAAGAAGAACAUAAAACCAACAAAGAUAGAUAACCCUCUUGCUAAAUACAACAACACUGGUCAACUGAUGUGUAUACUCUGUAGCUCGGUAGUACGAUCGGAGCAUGUCUGGACAGUACACUUAAAUAGUAAACAACACAGAGAAAAUGUAGAAAAGGCAAAGAAACUGAAAGAAUUAACAAACAACUUCACAGUUGGUAAGGUCAGGCACAAAAGUCCACCGAAAGAUGCUCCACCUCCAAAGAAGUUGAAAAGUAUAUUGAAGAAUGCAGCUGAUGUACCUGUUGUGCCUAAAGAGGUCAAGAAUAAAGCUCCACAAGUCAUUACAUUUCACAAUGAAGAAAUCAAAAGGGCACCGUUAAGUCCUGCAACUACACCUGCUGUUGAAGAACUACCUGCGACAAGUACAGCUGAAGCGGAAGCAGAACAAGCCCCAGACCAGCCAAUACCAGAAGGUUUCUUCGAUGACCCCAUUUUAGAUGCCAAGGUACGAAAUAUCGAAUACAAAGAUCCUAUCGAAGAAGAAUGGGACAAAUUCCAAAAGGAAAUAAAAGAAGAGGCAACCGCGUCAGCAGAAAUCAUUGCUGGCGAGCAGGAAGAAGCUACGGCGGAAAGACAGAUCGAUGAAAUUGAUGAACAAAUAAGAAUUUGGUCAAAGGUGUUGGAUCUGGAAUUAAAAAAAGAUGAAACCAAAAAGAACAAACAAGAUAUGGAGCAAAUGAGUGAAGAAGAAAAUGGUGAAUCAGAAAACGAUGAAGACAUUGAUGAGUAUCUCGAUUGGCGAGCAAAAAAAUCAUAUUCUUGAAUUAGCUUAAUAAUAAAGAGUAUUUUAUAAAGAUCA